UUCAAUCCUUUCAGUAAAACUACAUCAAAACAUUUAUAAUUAAAAAGCGUCGGUUUUGUGGGAGUGGAUGGCUGAGGCCGGACGACUGUGUUUAAUGCAAUAUCACAGCGAGGAUCUAAAAGCUUUCAUCUUUAUCACGCAUGACCAACAGGGCGAGAGAAAGAACUGUCAGAAAGAUGCACUGAUGUCUACAGCAGGCUUGGAAUUGAUCCAAACUCCAGUGUCAAGUUUAAUGAUUCAUUGGUUUGAUUGCUCAGUUCAUCAGAAUUUAUGCAAAUCCUAGUGUCAAUUUAAUGAUUCAGUGAUUCAGUUGCUCAGUUUAUCAGACUCUUUUCAGACCUCAGUGUCAAAGUUAAUGAUUCAGUGAUUGAAUCCCUGUGUCAAAAUGAAUGAUUCAGUGAUUCACUUACUCAGUUUAUAAGACGUUUUUCAGACCUCAGUGUCAAAUGUAAUGAUUCAGUGAUUUAGUUUGCUCAGAUGAUCAUAAUUCAUCCUAACCCUAGUGUCAAAUUUAAUGAUUAGUGAUUCUCAGCUGCUCAGACUUUCGGAAAACAUUCAGACUCCUGUGUCGAAUUUAAAGAGUCAGUAAUAUGAUUGCUCAGUUGAACAGAAAUUAUUCAAACUCAAAUUUAAUAAUUAACUAAAUCAGUUACACAAUUUAUCAGAAUUCAUUCUGACCUCACUGUCAAUUUUAAUGAUUCAGUGAUUCAGUUGCUCAGUCAGAUCAGCAUAUGAAGUUUAUAAUAAUAAACAUUACAAUAAUACCUAAAAUAUCUAGCACUUUUACCAUACAGAUAGUUUACAAUAGUAAAUAUCUGGUUGAUUUAGGGGAUUUUUCCUGAGAAAAUAUUACGCUUUCUGUGCAAUUCAAACCAAAUAACAGACUAUGAAAAAGACAAAUGCUUUGUGGCCAAUUUGCAGGGAGAUAACAGCGGCACUCUCUAAUAUUAGACCAUUAUUAUUCAAAGUCUGCCUCGGAAAGGAAGGACAAUAAAAUGUCUGCUUCACUGAUAGGGAUGUGACGCCACAUAAACAAGAAAGCUGACAAUAAAUGCAUGAAACACAUGGCCAAAAAUGAUUUAUACCUCCCUGACCCUCAUUAGCUUCACACAGCUUGUAGGCAUGAAGGGACUGACAUUUCUAAAAAACCCUUGUUAAGAAAACAACCCUGUGUAUUGAGCAAACCCUCUAGACAUCUUAGCUCAGAAAAAAAUAAUAUGCUCUUAUACUUCUCCUGUUGUUUCUUCACGUGGGUGGAUUUUCUUUCAAGCCUUCACAUCUCGUUCGUCCUUUGUCAAGGACGGACCAAAAUGAGCAUCAGCGUGUCUGGACUUGGGCAAGAAGAUCAGCAUUCCUCAGGAUAUAAUGAUGGAGGAGUUGAACCUGGUCUCAAACAGGGGGUCCAGAAUGUUCCAAGAGAGACAAAAGAGAACCGAGAAGUUUACGCUGGAAGGUGCCGGAAAACAAGCUGACAAUCAAAGCCAGACAUCAUGUCAUCAGGCUACAAAAGAAAUAACAGACAAAGCUCACGGCAGCACAAAGGUCAACCCACCAAAGAGAAACAACCCGCUGGCUACACUCCAUCACAGCGGAGCCAAAAAGGGAAGUCCGAGCGUUCUCGCACCAGGAUAUUCCGAGCCUCUGAAAGAGAUUCCUCCUGAGAAAUUCAACGUUACUGUAAUCCCCAAGUCGUACUACUCACCAUGGGAAGAACAGAAUGACAGUGAAAGCAUGCUGGCUAACAUUAGCUCCCAUCUGCCCGAACCUCCUUACCAACUCAUCCCUGCUAACUACAGAUGCUUCAACAGAGCACCGAUGCCGUUUGGAGGGACGCCAGGUAGCACCCGGACCCUGCCUCUGCCUGGAUUUGAACUCAUGCAGGCCUACACGGAGCCCACACUCACCUGGGAGAGGAUAUGUGCCAGGCCCAACUUUAACCGCAUACCGAGAGGCUGGAGAGCUUAACGCAUUACUGACACCAUUAAAGUGGUGAAGAACUGCAUUUCGAUCGUGACACACACACACACACACACCAUCAGCAUGUCACCAUCAUUGGAAUGUCAUCAAAUCAACUGCAAACUGAGCCAAUAAAACCGAGUAUUUUCUACUCAAGCUUUAGAGUUAGAUACAAAUGUACAGAGAGCAGGAUUAGGAAGGAAUUUUGACAUCACAAUAUGUCAAAAAAACAAUAUAAACAAUACAUAUUUGUUCAAUCUU